UUCUUCUUCUUUUUUUUUUUCUUUCAUCCAUUUCUCCCAAACACAAACACCUCCACGAUUCCUUUGCAACCAAACAUCGUAUCCCGAUUACCUCUUUUCUCUUCACAAUUCCACAUUCUCAUUUUCAACAUUGUAAUUUCUUUCAUCACUCUUCAACCAUUUCAAUUGAUUCCGAAUAUGGAUUUCUCGAUUUCCUAAAUCAUUCAUUCGUUUUCCGUCAAACCUCAAAUUUCUAAAUCCAAGAGCCAUUUCAAUUUGGAGAUCUCUAAAUUUCAAAUAAACUAGGGUUUCUCGUAGCUCUCAAUACUCACCGUCAAUGGCGUCGUGGAGAGACUGAAACGACGUCGUUUUUAUUUUCAUGGGUAACAACUGUGUAGGACCAAACCUCGGCGGCACUGGCUUCCUUCAAUCCGUUACGGCCGCCGUAUGGAAAACUCGCCCACCGGAGCCUAGGCUUCCUCCUCCUAACGCCGAUGACAAGGACAAACCUCCGUCGCCGCCGAAUGUUUCUACUGAUUCCACCAAAGGAGACUCGAGUUCCGCCGGAACAGGUUCUGAUAAUAAUAAUAAUAAUAAUAACAAUAAUAAUCCUCCGAUGUCGGUUCAGAGCACGCCGCCUGAACAGGUGAAAAUAACUGCGGCGGAAACAAAUCCGCUUCCGGUUCAGGCUGAACCGGAGAAGCCGGUUAAACCAGAGGUAAAUAAUGCACCAGCAUCUAGCACUGCUGGUGAUGGUGGUGGUGGUGGUGAGGGUGAUGCAGGGAAAGCUAAGAAACCUACUCAUGUGAAAAGGGUAUCAAGUGUUGGACUUCAGGUAGAAUCUGUAUUGGGUAGAAAAACAGAGAACAUAAAGGAAUUUUAUAGUUUGGGGAGGAAAUUAGGUCAAGGGCAAUUUGGUACAACAUUUUUAUGUAUGGAAAAAGGGACUAACAAGGAAUUUGCAUGCAAAUCAAUUGCAAAGAGGAAAUUAACAACACAAGAUGAUGUUGAGGAUGUUAGAAGGGAGAUUCAGAUAAUGCAUCACUUGGCUGGUCACCCAAAUGUCAUACAAAUAGUUGGUGCUUAUGAGGAUGCUGUUGCUGUUCAUGUUGUUAUGGAGUUGUGUGCUGGUGGGGAACUUUUUGACAGGAUCAUUCAGAGAGGACAUUAUACUGAGAGAAAAGCUGCUGAACUUGCUAGGUUGAUUUUAGGUGUUGUUCAGGCUUGUCAUUCUUUAGGUGUUAUGCAUAGAGACUUGAAGCCUGAGAAUUUUCUAUUUGUUAACCAUGAAGAAGAAUCACCACUUAAGACAAUUGAUUUUGGACUCUCUAUGUUUUUUAGACCAGGUGAAACAUUUACUGAUGUGGUUGGGAGCCCAUACUAUGUGGCCCCUGAAGUUUUGAGGAAGAACUAUGGUCAAGAAUGUGAUAUUUGGAGUGCUGGGGUGAUCAUUUACAUUUUACUCAGUGGAGUUCCCCCAUUUUGGGAUGAAUCGGAACAAGGAAUAUUUGAGCAAGUAUUGAAAGGAGAGCUUGACUUUAUUUCUGAACCAUGGCCCAGCAUAUCUGAAAGUGCAAAGGAUCUUGUUCGAAGAAUGCUUAUAAGGGACCCUAAGAAGCGGUUGACGGCACAUGAAGUUCUUUGCCAUCCUUGGGUUCAGGUUGGAGGUGUUGCUCCUGAUAAACCACUUGAUUCUGCUGUUUUAUCUCGAUUGAAGCAAUUCUCUGCAAUGAACAAGCUCAAGAAAAUUGCAAUUCGAGUAAUUGCUGAAAAUCUGUCCGAAGAGGAAAUUGCAGGAUUGAAAGAAAUGUUCAAGAUGAUAGACACAGAUAAUAGCGGGCAAAUCACUCUUGAGGAACUGAAAAAUGGUUUAGAGAGAGUGGGUUCUGUUCUUAAGGAUUCUGAAAUUAACUGGUUAAUGCAAGCGGCAGACAUUGAUAAUAGUGGUACCAUAGAUUAUGGUGAAUUCAUAGCAGCUAUGCUUCAUCUAAACCAGGUUCAGAAGGAGGAUCAUCUAUUUGCAGCCUUUUCCUACUUUGACAAAGAUGGGAGUGGAUACAUUACAAAGGAUGAGCUUCAACAAGCCUGUCAACAGUUUGGCCUACAAGACGAUCAUCUAGAUGAUGUAAUACGUGAAGCUGAUCGGGAUAAUGAUGGACGAAUUGAUUACAGUGAAUUUGUUGCAAUGAUGCAAGACACUGGUUUUGGCAAAAAGGGGCCACAAACAGCAUGAGACAAAUUGUGGGUGCCUUCAGGCAUUAGCAAACUAUUGAUCUUGCUAAAUGAGGAGUUGAUAGACAACUUUGAGUGAGUUUCUUCUCUUCGAAGGCAAAACUGUGGAAUUGAAUGCACUUGUAAAUUGUUUGAGCUUCAAGGAGAGGAAGGAUGAAUGCAUGCCAAUUAUAGUGGUUAAGUAUUAGCAAUUUUGUUUUUUAAAAUAUAAUCAAGUACAGUUUUUCCUUUUGAACAUGUUACCCUUUUUUUGGGUAAACCGAUGGCAGGAUGAUUUCUCAGCAUGUGGUCUUGUGGUUUUACGAGUGUUGGUUCACACUCAUCAUCAAAUUGAGGAAAAGUUUCUAAAAGUGUUGAAGGAUGCGAAUUUAUGGGAUACGAAUGCUCUUCCAGUUGCACAGGCCUCGUAUCUUAGUUUUGAUACCAUGCCAUGCCAUUUUUCAGUCAGUCUCAAACCAUGUGCUUAUACCGAAUAUCAUGUUGUAUCAACUCAUGUACCCUGUUUGCAUUCCUGUAUAGAGCCAAACCAUAUGUACUUUUUGGUUAGUGAUGUUUUAUUAUAAGUGUAUACACUAAUCAGUACUUUUUGUAAUAUCUGUCUUAUUUUUGCUAAUGACACGAUGUGAUGUGUUCGAUAGAUGCAAUCCCAUACGAGUCUUUUUGAGAA